AUGCUCUUCAACGCCGCCGCCUUCGCCUCCCUCCUGGCCGUCGCCAGCGCCCGCAUCGUCGGCAUCUCUGUCCCCGAGACCGUCGCCCCCGGCUCCACCGUCAAGGGCAUCAUCGUCACCGAGAACUACAUCCAGUCCGUCUACGACGUGGCCGUCGCCUGGGGCUUCGCUCACGGCGAGGGAUUCCCCGGCUCUCUGGGCUCGGUCAUCGACUCGUCCUACCUCGGACCCAACCUGUCCAACCAAGUCGGCAACAUCACCCAAUACAUCACCAUCCCCGCCUCCGCCGCAAAGGGCGACGCCGUCAUCAGCGCCAGCGUCAUGAGCCUCUACGGCGCCGCCUACAGCCCGACCCUGACCAACUUCAACGUCUCCGUCACUGUCGGCGACUUCACCUCCCCCACCUACAAGGCCAGCGCCUUGUAA